ACAAAUAAGAAAAUUUGCACGACGGCCACAAGGGGAUAUUUAUAAAUAUCUUAUGUGUGAGUGUUAAUAUAUAAAGCGAGGAGGUUAAGGAGAAGGACAGGGAAAUUAAGGUUUGGUCUCAGCUAUAAAAUUUCUGUCCAUCUCCUGUUAGGUGAAAUAAAUUUGUAAUCGAACCUGAAGAGCAACCAGCAGCUUAAUUAGGUUUGAUCCAUCAAAUAUGUGGAGGCUAAAGGUAGCAGAUGGCGGAAAUGACCCUUACAUCUAUUCUAUGAACAACUUCGUUGGAAGACAAAUAUGGGAAUUCGACCCCAACGCCGGCACCCCUGAAGAACGAGCCGAAGUCGAACACGUUCGUAAUGAAUUCACCAAAAAUCGUCUCAAGGGUUUUCCCAGUGCCGACUUGCUUUGGCGUCUCCAGCUUUUAAGAGAGAAAAAUUUCAAACAAAGUAUACCAGCGGUGAAGGUUGAAGAUGGAGAAGAAAUCAGUUAUGAAAUGGCAUGGGAUGCAAUGAGAAGAGGAGCGUAUUUCUUAGCGGCCAUACAAGCGAGUGAUGGACACUGGCCCAGUGAAACAUCAGGCCCAUUAUUUUACUUGUGUCCAUUGCUAAUUUGUAUGUACAUAAUGGGCUUUAUGGAUACUGCAUUCACUCCGGAGCACAAGAAAGAAAUGAUGCGUUACGUUUACAAUCAUCAGAAUGAAGACGGCGGAUGGGGGUUACACGUAGGUGGUCACAGUAACAUGUUCUGCACUACCUUCAAUUAUAUAUCUUUACGUCUACUUGGUGAAGGACCUGAUGUUGAGCCAAUUUCCAGAGGUAGAAAUUGGAUUCGUGACCACGGUGGUGUCACCUCCAUACUUUCCUGGGGAAAGACCUGGCUCUCGAUACUAAACGUAUUCGACUGGUCUGCAAGCAACCCCAUGCCUCCUGAAUAUUGGAUGUUUCCCACUUGGGUCCCCAUUCAUCCAUCAAACAUGAUGUGCUACACUCGAAUCACUUACAUGCCCAUGUCUUAUUUAUACGGAAAAAGGUUUCAAGCACCUUUAACACCUCUUGUUUUACAAUUAAGAGAUGAACUUCACACUCAACCCUAUGACAAAAUUAACUGGAGAAAAGUUCGUCACAUGUGUGCUACGGAAGAUCUCUACUUUCCACAUCCAUUUGUUCAAGACUUGCUCUGGGACACUCUUUACUUGCUUAGUGAACCACUAAUGACUCGAUGGCCUUUUAACAAAUUGGUUCGCCAAAAAGCCCUCAAUGAAACUAUGAGGCAUAUUCAUUAUGAGGAUGAAAAUAGUCGCUACAUUACUAUUGGCUGCGUCGAAAAGCCGUUGUGCAUGUUAGCUUGUUGGGUUGAAGAUCCAAAUAGUGAGUAUGUGAAGAAGCAUUUUGCUCGAAUUCCUGAUUAUUUAUGGAUGGCGGAAGAUGGAAUGAAAAUGCAAAGUUUUGGUAGCCAAUCAUGGGAUGCUGCUCUGGCCAUGCAAGCUCUGCUUUCUUGUAAUAUCCCAAAAGAAAUUGCCUCUGCACUCAACACUGGCCAUGAUUUCAUCAAGAACUCCCAGGUUAGAAACAAUCCUCCCGGUGAUUACAAGAGUAUGUUCCGCUACAUGUCUAAAGGAUCUUGGACCUUUUCAGACUGUGAUCAUGGAUGGCAAGUUUCAGAUUGCACUGCCGAGAAUUUGAAGUGUUGCCUACUACUAUCAUUGCUACCACCUGAAAUGGUUGGUGAGAAGAUGGAACCUGAACGUUUCUAUGAUGCUGUUAAUGUCAUCCUGAACAUGCAAAGCAAAAAUGGGGGUUUGCCAGCUUGGGAGCCAGCGUCAAGAUACUAUUGGAUGGAGUGGUUGAAUCCAGUGGAAUUUCUUGAAGACCUAAUCAUCGAGCACCAGCAUGUGGAGUGCACCUCAUCUGCGUUACAGGCCAUACUAUUAUUUAGGAAACAAUACCCAGGACAUAGAAGGAAAGAGAUCAAUAAUUUUAUCAACAAGGCCGUUCAAUUUCUUCAGGACAUACAAUUGCCUGAUGGUUCUUGGUAUGGAAAUUGGGGAAUUUGCUAUACUUAUGGAACGUGGUUCGCGCUUAAGGCAUUAUCAAUGGCGGGUAAGACCUACGAAAAUUGUGAAGCGCUUCGGAAAGGUGCCAAUUUUUUGAUCAAGAUACAGAAUUCAGAAGGAGGGUUUGGAGAGAGCUACUUGUCAUGUCCUUACAAGAGAUAUAUACCGCUGGAUGGGAAAAGAUCAAAUUUGGUGCAAACGGCUUGGGGUAUGAUGGGAUUGAUAAGUGCUGGACAGGCAGAUAUAGACCCAACUCCUAUUCAUCGUGCUGCCAAGUUGUUGAUCAAUUCUCAAACAGAAGAUGGUGAUUUUCCACAAGAGGAAAUUACUGGAGAAUUCUUCAAAAAUUGCACUUUACAUUUUGCAGCAUUUAGAGAAGUAUUUCCUGUGAUGGCACUAGGAGAAUAUUGUAACAAGGUUCCUUUGCCUUCCAAGAAAAAACAAGAAAUUAAGAUUUAAAUUAGCCUCUACAAUAUAUUAUAUAAUAUUCAUAAAUAUGGGGACUUGGACACCAAAAGAGGAGAAAAUAUAGUCUUUUUGGUACUUUUCUUGUAAACGAUCACAUGUAAUAUAAUAACUAAAACAAAGGUUGAUGCGAUUUCUACUUGAGCACAACUUUUAGUUAUACAUUUAUGU